AUGUUUUGAUAAAAAGAGUGAAUGAUGAAGAUUUUGCUGCUUCUGUUCGCCUUUGGUGCUUAUUUCAGUUUCUCAACUGAUUUGGAGGAUGACGGUGUACUGCAGCAGUAUAUUGAACUACCCUGUAUAUAUACUGUACUCUGUAAUAGGAGGAUGACAGUGUACUGCAGCAGUAUAUUGAACUACCCUAGUAUAUAUACUGUUCUGUACUAGGAGGAUGACGGUGUACUGCAGCAGUAUAUUGAACUACCCUGUAUAUAUACUGUUCUGUACUAGGAGGAUGACAGUGUACUGCAGCAGUAUAUUGAACUACCCUGUAUAUAUACUGAUCUGUACUAGGAGGAUGACGGUGUACUGCAGCAGUACAUUGAACUACCCUUCCCACAUAUUGAUGCUGAAUUCCUCCAAGUAGAGAGAGAGUACUGUGGUAAACUAUUUUAGGGAGAUUCAAUAAACAUGGAGGUGGAUUGAAAUCUGCAGCUGGUACAAAAUGCAUGAUCAACGAAUGCAAAGAAUCUUCUAAUCGAAACAACAGCUGUAUUUACCACUGUCCACCAAUAUCUAAAGAUAACUACUUAGCGUUCCCCAACAACCUUCAUAGAGUCAACCAUUACUUAUUCAAAGGAAAACAGACUUUUCAAAAAGAUUUUCGUGUUUUAAUUGCUGGUGGAGGGACAGGGAUGAAUACUCUAUAUAUUGCAGAACAGCUUAACCAUACAAAUAGUGAAAUAGUUUAUGUUGACCUAAGUCCCAAAUCUACAGAUAUUGCAAGAUUAAGAGCUAAGUACAGGCACCUCAAUAAUAUAAGAUUCUUCAAUGAUAAGAUAGAGAAUAUACCAAACCUAAAUCUAGGGAAGUUUGACUUCAUUGAAUCAACAGGUGUUAUACAUCAUACAGAAAAUCCACUGACCAGUCUCAGAGUUUUGAAGGACAGUUUAAAGCCUGAAGGGGGAAUGAGUAUUUUUGUUUACUCAACAAAUAAAAGAAAAUAUGUUUAUCUCAUGCAGGAGGUUAUGAGAUUGAUGAGAGAUGAUUCAGACAGCAUAUUUGAUGAAAUAGCAAACUUAAAAGAAUUAGGAGAGGUCCUUCCCCAUCUGCCCCUGGGAAAACUAAUGGAAGGUCCAUCUCUUUCUGUAGACAUGGAGGACAAUGACGAAAAUUUGUAUGACAUUUUCCUUCACAAGAGGGAUACUUCAUUCACAGUACCACAGCUUUUCCAGUGGGUUAAAGAUGCAGGAUUGAUAUUUAUUGACUGGUCUAAUCCAUUAUCUGCCUGGCUAAUAAAGGAAAUCUCUGAUCCAUUCAAGGAGAAUGGUUGGGCUGCUGAUUGGUUGGUGGAGCAGUUGCAAAAUGACGGCCAAGCUGGUUUUAGAGAAAUUAUAAACAAACUUAGCAGGGAGGACAAACUGGCAAUGGCAGAUCUUAUGUUCCAUUUUAAGCUUACAAAUCAUCAAUUUUAUCUCUCUAAUUCUCAGGAUUCCAAAGCCAGUCUGGAUGACCUGGAUCUUAUGCCCUACUUUCCUUUUGAAAUAAAACACUUAGAUAAAGUUGUAAAUGGAUGGUUGAAAGGUGUAGAAAAACCCAAAAUGGUGAAAAUGGUGCAUAUUUUAGGACCUCUCUUCGGUCAUAGCUUUAGUCUUCCAGACAAAAUGAGCCUUCAGACAUUUUACAAGCUAAUCCCUUUGAAACCGGAGAAAACGUUGAGAGAAGUUUUCAGAGAAUUAAAAACCAAAACUGGGAAAUCUAUAAACAAGUUAAGGGAAGAAUUUCAGAACUUUGCCGCACAUUUUGAACAUUUUCUGGUGCUUGGGAACAAGGAUAUGGGGAAUAUGCCUAGAAGCAACAUUAACUAUGUUUAUGAUAUUGAAUAUUGAUCUUGGGUAUGUUUGUUUAGGUCUGCAUUGUAAGAAGUAACUUAAACAUUUUGUAUAUAAUAUGAAAAACCAAAAACAUUUUGAAAUUACAAACAUUUAUUUAGUUUAAAAAUCUCACACAUUUAUAUAUAUCUAAUAUCUUGGGCAGAUCGCCUGGUAUCCUGAGAUUUAAUCCAGAGAGUUACCAGAAAUGAAGCUGUUUCUUGCAAAUCGUCUGAUGUGAGUCUUCUCCCUAAGAAGAGAUGUGCAUCGUUAUUUUGAAAGAACAAAAUUAUCAAAAACAAAAGAAUGUUCGUGAAAGAGUGUUGUAAGGAAGAAGAAAAAACAAUGAAUGAACGAAAUGGAUCGUUCAAAGAAAUAUGAACACAUUUUUAAACCUGUCCCACGAAACAUGACAGCUAAAAUGUCUCCUUCAUGAUGUAAUAAGUUGUUUGAUACUAAAGAGACAAAUAACAUCUUUUAUAGGACAGUUAUAUUAAAGUAAAAUUGAUUUCACUGUAAAAUAUGUUUAAAAGAAAUAAACUGCAAAAAGUCUUUAAUAUCAA